CAACGUAAUAAAAUCCGAUUAAUUAAUGAAGCCUUAGAAACUGACCCGGUAGAUAUUCGCUCUUUAAGGCAAUUUGCCCUUAGCGCUGAUGGAUUCGUUAAUAAUGAAAUUCGUCGAAAAGUCUGGCCUAAGCUUAUCAAUGCAAACACCUGGAAAUACCAUGAUGAAACUUCGACCGAUGUUGUUAACUUGUAUAAAUCUCAUAAGGAUUGGAUGCAAGUCGUCUUAGAUGUUGAUCGAUGUGGAUCGCGUUUGCCACCAGGAAUUAGAGCAAGUAAACGUCGAAAUCUUCAACGGCAGCUUCUAAACGUCAUUAUGUGUGUGAUCAGCAGUAAUAGUAACCUUCACUAUUACCAGGGUUUUCACGAUGUAUGUUUGACAUUGAUACUGUCGGUUGGAGAAACCGCUGCUCUUGCCCUUGCAAAUAAACUCGCUAGAAAUCAUCUAAGAGAUUUCAUGGAAAGUGAUAUGAUAAAUACGAAAAAUAUCUUGGAACUGAUCAAUCCUAUAAUCAUCAUGGAGAAUUUACAAUUAUUUCAAGCGCUACAAGAAUCUAAUGUUGGCAACGUGUUUGCCAUCAGUUGGUUAAUCACUUGGUUUGCACAUGAUUUUGAGGACCCUGCAAUAUCAUAUCGUCUAUACGAUUUCUUCUUAGCUCAUCAUCCGCUCAUGCCAGUGUAUACUGCAGCUGCGAUGGUAUUGCGAAGAAGUGAAGAAAUUCUAGAGUCGGAGCGAGAUAUUGGCUUCUUACAUGCCUUGCUAAGAAGAUUACCCCAAGAUGUUCCUGUGGAAGCCCUUAUAGAAGAAUCGAUGGCUCUUUGUCAGAAGUAUUCACCGACCCAGCUAACGAAGUGGGUGAAAACUGUUAAUUAUCGUGGCCAGUAA